AUGGCAAAAAUGUACAUGAAAUCUAAGGAUGUGGUGGAGCUGGUCAACACACAAUCCUGGAUGGACAAAGGUCUGGGCUCUCAAAAUGAGAUGAAGGAGCAAGAGAGAAGACCAGGUUCUUAUGGGAUGCUUGGAACCUUAACUGAAGAGCAUGAAAGUAUUGAGGAAGAGGAAGAAGAGGAAGAAGAUGGAGAGAAACCUAAAAGAAGAGGUCCCAAGAAAAAGAAAAUGACCAAAGCUCGCCUAGAGAGGUUCAGGGCUCGAAGAGUCAAGGCCAAUGCUAGAGAACGGACCCGGAUGCAUGGCCUGAAUGAUGCCUUGGAUAACCUUAGGAGAGUCAUGCCAUGUUAUUCUAAAACCCAAAAACUUUCCAAGAUAGAGACUCUUCGUUUGGCAAGGAACUACAUCUGGGCCUUGUCUGAAGUCCUGGAGACUGGUCAGACACUUGAAGGGAAGGGAUUUGUGGAGAUGCUCUGUAAAGGGCUCUCUCAGCCCACAAGCAACCUAGUGGCUGGAUGCCUUCAACUGGGACCUCAGUCUGCCAUCUUGGAGAAGCACGAGGAAAAAUCUCCAAUUUGUGACUCUACUGUCUCUGUCCACAGCUUCAACUAUCAGUCUCCAGGGCUGCCAAGCCCUCCUUAUGGCCAUAUGGAAACACAUCCUCUUCAUCUCAAACCUCAGCCACUUAAGAGUUUGGGAGACUCUUCAUUUGGGAGCCAUCCACCUGAUUGCAGUACCCCCCCAUAUGAGGGUCCACUCACACCACCCUUGAGCAUCAGUGGUAACUUUUCCUUGAAGCAAGAUGGUUCCCCUGAUUUGGAAAAAUCCUACAACUUCAUGCCACAUUAUACCUCUGCAGGUCUAAGUUCAGGCCAUGUGCAUUCAACUACCUUUCAGGCUGGCACUCCCCGCUAUGAUGUUCCUGUGGACAUGACUUAUGAUUCCUACACCCUUCAUGGUAUUGGAACUCAGCUCAAUACGAUCUUUACUGAUUAG